AAAACUUUAAUUUAUAUAGUACUAUAUAAGAAGUAAAAUAUAAAAAUAUUAAUUACAUGCUUUUAUUAUUUAUUAUAUAUAUGUGUGUGUAUUUAAAUUAUAGUACGUAGUAGUUUUUUACAUAUUAAAUAUAUUACUCGGUACAUAGUAUUUAUGUGUACAUUAUAUUAUAUAUAAAGUGAGGUAAUACAUAUACGUGUGUAUGUCAACACCUCGCCCGGUGUAAGCCCAAUCAAUUGGGCUUUCAGCUCCUCUUGAGCUAGUUAAAAUUUUCCGGGCCUCCUUUUAAAUAUAAAUAUAACCCUCCCCCACCCGACCCGACGUGGUUUGGGUUCUCCGUCUCGUCUCACUUUAUGCGUAAACUUGGUUUCUAGGGUUCGUUGAUAUCGUGAUUUAGGCUGUACUUUUGGUUCCUUGAGGAGCUUCUUUUGGGUGGCUGUGUUAUUUAUGAUCGUCUAGCUACCCUAUAUCGCGCGCACAGAUUAAUUGAUUGUUUUCGAGCUCUCUCGGAGGAUGUCUAAGGAAGCUGAAACCCCUCUGAUCGCAGCACAAGAAGAAAAGUCUGAGGUAACAAUGAGGCCUCACUCAACAGCAGCAGAAAAGGGGAAAGAACAGCCUUCGGAGACCCCAAGUUCCAAGAGAGCAGCACCAGCUAGUGCAUCAAAGGCUGAUGCUGCCCCUGCUACUUCAGUACUCUUUAAUGAUCAGGAUCCAGACUCAGACAUUGAAGACCUUGGGGUUGUGGUAGAAGACGGUUUACUCUUGAAGUACAAGACUAAUGGUUUUAAUGAUUUUAGUGGGUUGAUGAAGGAGUUGCGUGCCAAGCAACGUCUCAUACUCGAACAGAACCUUCAACUGAAGGAUGUCUUUGAAUCGGUUAAGGAGAGCCAACGUACCGUCCAAGGUCACGCAUACUCUAACGUGACCGCUCAUUUUGAUAGUGUUAUCAAACGGGUAACCUUUAUUGGUGCAAGCUUACGGAUAUCCAAGUACACUUGUGGGAUAGAUUAUUGACUGUUCGAUUGUGCUCAUGAUGUGUGAUGCUAUGUUAUUGCGAUUUGUAAACCCUGAGGGUUUACAAAUCCUGCUUAUUAUUUAUAUUUUUAUUUUUAUUUUUAUAUUUUAUUUUCGUAAUUUUGACACUUUUUAACGAUUGAGGGGGUGACUUGAACAAUUCGGUUGGGUUCAGGGGCUUAUUUGACCCCUUGAGUUGCAACAUCAGAUGCACGAUACUAGGAUCCAACACUCCAGAAUCAUUCUCAUUUCUCUCCUAAGAUAGUAUUAUCAUAUGAUCCUUACUAUAUAUACUCCAUAUAUAUAUAUAUAGAGAGAGAGUGUGUCCCUUUCGAGUUCAGAGCUCCUGACCGGAACUGCCGUGCAGAAUUCACUAUUUAGAGUGGUUUCUGGUGAAAAAAAUUGAUAAUUUUUUUUCGAACAUGUUGUUUAUCAUGUAUAGUUUAUUCCCACCAAAUUUCAACU